AUGGAGAUGACUGGAGAUUCUGCUCUUGUGGCUCCUCCGAGGCCGCCGCUUUUUGCUCACAGGUCUGGAGAUUCUAGUAGCAGUAGCAGCAUUCGCCUCGGGAAAAGAGCGCUCAGUCACCCACCGGCUGUUUCUGAGCUCUCGUUUGGACGUACCGCAAGUUCGUCAGUGGAAAACGAGAAAGAGGAGCCAACGGAGUACCCUACUGGAUGGAAGUUGGUGUCCAUCACGCUUGCUCUUUGCUGUGCCGUUUUCGUUACAACACUGGAUCAAACAAUUGUUGCAACCGCCGCUCCCGAAAUUACCAACCAGUUCAAGUCACUGGCAGAUGUUGGCUGGUAUGGCAGCGCAUACCUCCUCACCACUGCUGCAUUCCAGCUACCCUUUGGCAAGCUCUACAGCAUUCUGUCAGUCAAAUGGACCUUCCUCGUGACCAUCUUCAUUUUCGAAGUUGGUUCAUUGAUUUGUGGUGCCGCCAACUCCUCGGCUGUCUUGAUUGCCGGCAGAGCCAUUGCUGGUGUGGGCGGCGCUGGCAUCUUCUCCGGCGCAUUGAUCAUUGCGGCUCAUACCAUUCCGUUGCAAUAUCGUCCAAUCUACACCGGUGCAGUCGGUGCAAUCUCGGGCAUUGCAGCCAUCUGUGGCCCGCUUCUGGGUGGGUUGUUUACUGACCAUGCAUCAUGGCGCUGGUGCUUCUACAUCAACCUGCCGCUCGGUGGCAUCACAAUUGCCGUUGUAGCGUUCCUGACGCCCUCGAUGACUCCCAAGCGGACCUCGACUUUGACGACGAAGCAGCGCCUGGCGAAGUUUGACUUCCUCGGCAUGGCAGCCUUCAUGCCCUGCAUCAUCUCCUGCCUCCUCGCCCUGCAGUGGGGCGGCACCAAGUACGGCUGGGGCAGCACGCGCAUCGUCGCGCUCUUCAUGACUUCGUUCGUGCUGUUCUGCUGCUUCGUCGGGAUCCAGUUCUGGAAGCAGGACAACGCAACGCUCCCGCCGCGCAUCAUGAAGAAGCGCAGCGUGGCCGGCGCCGUCUUCUUCUCCUUCGCCCUGGGCGCCGCCUUCUUCACCAUCGUCUACUACCUCCCGCUGUGGUUCCAGGCCAUCAAGCAGGCCUCGGCCGCGCGGUCCGGCGUCAUGAACCUGCCCAUGGUGCUCUCCGUCGUCGUCAUCUCCGUCUUCGCCGGCGGCAUGAUCUCGGCGUGGGGCUACUACACGCCGUUCAUGAUCCUCUGCGCCGCCGUCAGCGCCGUCGGCGCCGGCCUCCUCACCACCCUCGAGCCCGACACGCCCAGCUCCAAGUGGAUCGGCUACCAGAUCGUGCUGGGCGUGGGGCUGGGGUUGGGCAUGCAGCAGCCGCUCAUGGCGGUCCAGACGGUGCUCGACAUGGCCGACGUCGCCGCCGGCACCGCCGUCGUCAUCUUUGGCCAGACCGUCGGCGGCUCGCUGAUCCUGCUCAUCGCCCAGAACCUGUUCCAGAACAAGUUCAUCGGGAACCUGGGCAGCUACGUCCCGGACGUCAACCCGGCCCUCGUGCUUGCCGCGGGCGCGACGGGGCUGGAGAAGGCCGUGCCUGAGGCGGACAAGGCGGGCGUUCUGCAGGCCUACAAUGAUGCCGUGACCACCACUCUGCUGGUUCCUACGGCUUUGGCAGCGGUUUCAAUUCUUGGUGCGGCAAUUAUGGAGUGGAAGAGCGUGAAGGGCAAGAAGUUUGACCUUGUCGGUUAA